UUCUGUCGCCCAGCUCCCUUCCGGCAGAAAGACCCAGGGACGAGAGUGUGAAGUCAGGCCUCACAGGGGCAAGAAGAAAGCCGUCCAAAGCCAGCUGGUCUGGCUUUGAGGAAAGCAAAGAGAGACAGAAAGCACAAGAGAGAUAUAGAGAGAACGUGGAGGAGGAAGACGAGAAGAGAGAAUUAAUGUAAUAGAAGGGACUUAAGAAAGUAAAAGUGGCACACCUGGGGAAGGCCUGAGCAGCAGGUUCUGUGAAAGGGAUCGAUCAUUUCUACAGACAGAGGAAAUCACAGACACCUGUGAAAUAUUUGCCAUGCUAAAUAUAUCAGGACCUGUUGGUGACUCCAAAUCAAGCUGUGUGAAUGAGUUCUGACCGAAAAACACAUGAGCGAUGACCAUCAGCCAAUAAGGGAGCAGGAUAUAGGACAGCGGAGAGUUCAGGGCAUUUUACCCGAGGAGGAGAAAGCACCAGGAAGCUCCAAGUCGAGAGUAGGCAUUGAAAGCCAAGGAAGAAAGAACGUAAAUAAGCGGGAUAUUUUGGGUCCAGGACUGAGGAUUGCGCCGCUUCGUUUGUUAGGGUCUUGGACACCUUGAGAAAGAGGCACAGACUGAAAAAGAGUGAGAGAGAAAGACUCGAGAAGAAAGAGUGGAGUACAAUGUGCUAGGAGAGUAAAGGCAGACAAACUCUCGUGUUUUUCUGAUAUUCUCGGGGUGUCAGAGAGACCAAGCAGGACGCCAAGAUGGGACGGAAGAAGAUACAGAUCACGCGGAUCAUGGAUGAGAGGAACCGGCAGGUUACCUUCACAAAGCGGAAGUUUGGUUUGAUGAAGAAAGCUUAUGAGCUGAGCGUAUUGUGUGACUGUGAGAUUGCCCUGAUUAUAUUCAACAGCUCGAACAAACUCUUUCAGUAUGCCAGCACUGACAUGGACAAAGUCCUACUUAAGUACACAGAAUACAAUGAACCCCACGAGAGCAGAACCAACUCUGACAUUGUGGAGAAAUUAAGAAACAAAGGCCAUAAUGACUGUGCCAGUCCCGAUCCAGAUGACUGUUUCGGUCACAGUCCCCUCAUGGACGACCGUUUCGGCAAACUAAACGAAGAGAGUGAUUUAAUGUACAAGCGCUGUGGUGCGCUUAACAAGAAAGAACACAGAGGCUGUGAUAGCCCGGAUCCUGACGCCUCAUAUGUCCUCACCCCUCACACAGAAGAAAAAUAUAAAAAAAUUAAUGAAGAGUUUGAUAAUAUGAUGCGAAAUCAUAAAAUCCCGACGGCCUUGCCCCCGCAAAACUUCUCCAUGCAUGUGGCUGUGCCAGUGACGAACCCCAACGCCAUGUCCUACAACCCCGGGGCAUCUCUGAGCAGCCAGAGCCUGUCGGCCGCCGCCGCUGCCUCUCUGAGUGACGGUGCCAUGCUGUCUCCACCUCAGGGUUCAAUGCACAGAAGCGUAGUGCCCCCACAGAGACCCCCCAGCACAGGCAGCACAGCAGGAAACGGCUUCGUUAACCCGAGGGGCUCGCCGGGGCUUCUGGGUACACCCAGCGGGAACGGACUUGGUAAAGUCAUGCCUGCGAAGUCACCGCCACCACCGGGGGGCAACAUGGGCAUCGGCAGCCGCAAGCCAGACUUGAGAGUCGUCAUCCCCCCAUCCAGCAAGGGCAUGAUGCCACCCCUGCAGUCAGAGGAGGAAGAGAUGGAGUUGAACACCCAGAGGAUAAGCAGUUCCCAGUCAACUCAGCCUCUCGCCACACCGGUGGUCUCCGUCACCACCCCGAGUUUGGCACCACAAGGCCUGGUCUACUCAGGCAUGCCCACUGCCUACAACUCUGAAUACUCCCUGAGCAGUGCUGAGCUCUCCUCUCUGCAAGGCUUUGGCUCUCCAGGGCUCUCUAUAGGCUCAGUGUCGGCAUGGCAACAGCAUCAACUGGGCCAGCUCAGCUCGCUGGUAGGUGGCGGUCACUUACCUCAGGGCUCAAACCUCUCCAUCAACACCAGCCAGAAUGUCAACAUUAAAUCAGAGCCCAUCUCUCCUCCACGCGAGCGUGUCACCCCAUCCGGUUUCCCGCCCCAGCAGCAGCAGCCUCCCUCUGGCCGCCCUGACAUGGGCCGCUCGCCCGUCGACAGCCUCAGCUCCUCCUGCUCCUCUUACGAUGGCAGCGACCGCGAGGAUCACCGGCACGAUUUCCACUCCCCACUCGGCCUGGGUCGACCUCCAGCCGGCGGGGCAGACGAGAGGGAGAGCCCAUCGGUCAAGCGCAUGCGCAUGGACACCUGGGUGACAUAAAGCUGUCUGAAAGACGACAGCCAGUCAGUCACACACAGGGCUGGGCAGGGGGAAAGGGAGAGAGAGAGGUUUGACAGCAGGGAGGGUCAUUAUUGUUGUUAUUAUUAUAUUCUAUUGUUAUAAUUUAACGUCAUUUCACUUUUUUUUGUAAGUAGGUGGACGGGGAAAGAAAUCGAAAAUGUCCUGACAUAUCGAAAUUAAGCAGAUGAGUGGAGAGAGAGAGAGAAAUCUCGAGUCAAGCAGUCAGAAUAAAUGGUGUACUCAAAAAAAAAAAAUCGUAAAAAAAAAAAUAGCGGUGUUAUCAGGUACUGCAUUGUGCAAAAGUCCAAUGUAUGAAGAAAACCUUUUUCGAUUAUUGUCGUCACUGGUGCAGUUUGACACUUGUAGCUGUUUUUCGCUGUUGAAUUUGCAAACAAUCAAAGAAAGUUUAGGGGCGGCUUUCUGUCCGAAGGCUUUCACCUGCUGGGCUCACGUAUUAAACAAUCCGUAUCUGCACUCGCCCUUAUAUGAAGUAUGUCACUUAUUAAUUUAUUUAAAGGUAUUUGACGAUAGGUUUGGAUCAGUUAUACGAGGGUAGGCUUGUAUCUAAAAUGAGGUUUCAGUUAAGACAUUAAGUGAAAGAAAUGAAAAUGUCUCUAAAAUUAUCAAGUCGUCGAUUAAAUUUUCAAUAUUUUCUAUGGGUGUUUUUAACAAGCGAGAAGAAAAGUGCUAGUCUGGGGUGCGUUUCCCAAACAUCGACAUAACUCACGGCUGAACUAUCAUAUUACGAUGCAUCAUUUGGGAAAAGAAUGAUGUAGUGACGAGUGUUUGCCAAAACCUUAGUUGCUUGGUCGCAGAUUCGUCAUUUGAACCAUGUUAGUUAUAAUGUAAAAUGUUCAUAAUGACGCUCUAAAUGGGGUGGAGUAACAACUUCUUCAGAGAAAAGCCAAUCAUUUUUUGUGCAAGUUAUAUUGUUUUACACAAACACGCAUUUUUAAAAAAAUCCAAUAUUAGUUUUAGUAAAAUAUGUAAACGACACAUAUUUGGACCUCCUAUAGGAUGUUUCCUUUACAAAUAUUAUUGAGAAUAUUCCAUAUACAGUAAAAUCAUUUAGCUAUCACAUAUUAGGGAUGUAUGAUACCACUGGUUUUCUUAUCUGAUCCAAUACCAAGUAGAAUGAAGGCGAGUAUUGGCGAUACCGAUCCGAUACCGAUACAUUGUCCAAAAAUUACUAUUUGGGAAAUUAAAGUAACAAGUAGUGUACUUAAAAGUGUCACUUCAUACUGAAUACGAAACAUAUUAUGGGUUAUUCUUGUUUAUUGAUGAAGAAUUAUCACACAAAAAAAGAGCCAACGUACAUAUUCAUUGUCACAAAAACCCAAGCCAUAUUACGCACAUGACUUGGCAAGUAGUUCCGACUAAGUUGGCAUUAUUCAGAUAAACUAGGAUAAUUGUGGUUACUUUCCGCUAUAUUUCUAUUUCCAAUAAACUACAUAUUUGCUCCAAAUGACUGAAACAUAUAUAUUUUGUUAAGAUACUCGAUUCUAGAUCAUACAAAG